AUGAACGGAGGUCUUCUGAGUUUAGAACGACAUAAGGGUCUCAAAUGGACGUGUCUCUCUUCUUGGGCUACGCAAGACUGGUCGAAACCAUUCAGUAAAGGGGGGAAUGCAUUUGGCUGGAAAUGCAGAUACAAGCCACAAUUCUGUUUUAUUGGCCAGAAGACACUUCAGCACAAUGGGGAUGUACUUGAGACCAAGGUGGUGGUUAACCCAUCUCGUGCUUUGGUUUUCUCAGAAAUUCGUCAUCUUGUUUUUGAUGCAUCUCUUCACAAGCUGCUAAUUCUUUUUGGACAAUCUGUUGAGGAGACUGGUGACCUUGUGUUGCAAACAGGGUCAUUUUCACUUAAUGACUUCAUCCACAUAAUUGAAGAUGAAGAGAUUGGGGAUUUUUUGAGCUCUGCGGACCCGAGUCAAAAAGCCAUCCUUACUCUGAGCUGCCCCAUAUAUGGGAUGUGGAGAAGUUCUCUUUUAGAAAAGCAUAAACUGCAAGAAAUUAUAGAAAUUAAAACCAACCAUCCAGCAGUGCUCUCAGAGAUGGAGGGCCUUCAGGAGUUCACUGAGUAUUUGUCAGAGUCUCUUGAAGCUCAGUCACCCUUUGAUCUGCUUGUGCCACCCAGUACAAUUGGCUUUCUGAAACUGUCCCGGCCAUGCUGUUAUGUGUUUCCAGGAGGAAGAGGUGACUGCGCCUUCUUCUCUGUUAAUGGUUUCAAUGUCUUGGUCAAUGGGGGGUCUGAUCCAAAUUCCUGUUUUUGGAAAUUGGUGAGACAUCUAGACCGAAUUGACUCCAUACUGCUUACCCAUGUUGGUGUAGAUAAUCUUCCUGGUAUAAACAGCCUGCUUCACAGAAAAGUGGCGGAACAUGAAAAAGAGGAGCUUGUUGCAUCGCAGAACAAUGAAGAUUGGCAAAGGAAUCUUAUGUCCCCGGAAAUAGGGGUUGUAUUUUUCAAUGCUUCAAAAAGACUUAAAACAUUUCAGAGUGACCCCAGGGUGCUUCGAAGCUGUGAACAGGCUGCGCUAACAUUACAACAUUUAGAGCACUUGUCAAUAUCUCCAGAGCAACUUAGCCGCUCAGCUGGCCCUGCUAUCGAGCCAGUAAUCCUUUUUCAGAAGAUGGGAGUAGGUCGACUAGAGCUUUAUGUACUCAAUCCAGUCAAAGGUAGCAAAGAAUUAGAGGCUUUUCUGCAAACUUGGCCAGAUGUAAAAGGCUCAGACGUCCCUUUAACCUGUAUGGUAUCUAUAUGUGCUCUGUUGGUAUGGCACCCGGCUAACCCUCAAGAAAAGUUAAUUCGUGUUCUGUUUUCUGGGUGCACACCAGAAUCCAAGAUCUUUGAAGGGUUGGAGAGACUAAAACACCUAGACUUCCUCAAACACCCACUGGUUAGUUUAAAGGACCUUGAGUUGCCUAAACCCGAUAAACAUCCAAAGCAUGCAGAGAGCAAGGAAAGUCUUAAGAGUAUUUCCAAAGAAUCCAGACAUAGUAUUGUCUCACACAAAGACAAACCAAUCAAAACUGAUGUGAAAAAGCAAGAGAAUAAAAGCAAGACAAAAUCCACCAAUGAUACUUUUCAGAAGGAAGGGAAAGAAAGUAAUGAGAAAGCGAAGACAAAAGACAAUGUGAAAGAAAAAUCUCUAAAGCCUAAUAAGCAAGAGCCUAAGAAAGAACCUUCUAAAGAUGAGAAGGAAGUUAUAAGUAAAGAGGAAAAACCAACAACAAGUGUGACAAAGAAAGAUGAGAAUGUUGACCAAAAGAAAGAGCCCUUAAAAAAAGAUGCACAUGCGAAGCCCAAAAAAGAUAUUAAACCUGAAAUUAAAAAGGAGGUAAAAAAAGAGGCCAAACCAGAAGAGACUAAAUCCACCAAAAGUCUUUGUAAGGAUGCUAAGAGAACCACAGGAAAUGCACAUGGCAAUGGAGAGUGCAGAAAGUCAGUGGGAAAGAAUGGCUCAAUAAAGAGAGAUUUGGUAAAUAAAAAGGAUGCUUUAACCAAAUGGAAGCCAAAGCCUGGCAAAAAAGAAACUGAUGGUCUGAAAUAUUUAAAUAAAGGAACUGGAGAUUGGCCAAAGGCAAGUGAUGGCAUUGCUGCAGAAUUGCCAAACUUGGAGAUGGAGAAAAAUCCAUCACAGGAUGUUGACAGCAGCCAUAUGAAUUUAGAAACUGAAGAUGCAAACAGGAACAGUAAUUUGCAGUUGAGGGGUUUUAAAACAGGCACAGAAAGUCCAGAGAAGUUUCAUUGUAGGGAUAGACUCCAUGGCUCUGUUGGAUCUCCCUCACCAUUUGAAAAGACCCCAACAAAUGUCAAUACUGUGCUCACAUCAGCAUCACUUGAUGGAUGUUUAAAAAAGUGUAAAGACACUCUUGUGAGAGUUUCCUCUGACAAUGCUUCUCAGAUCUCUGAUGUGGAUGCUAAGGUAGGUAUUAGUAUGGCAUACAUUAAUGGAAACUUAGCAGACCUUGUCCCCAAAACAGAUAUGACAUUACCUUUAAAAACAUCUUAUAAUAGUCACAACACAUUUAAUGGAUCUGAGAAUCCUCUCUUUGGACCUCAGAGUGAUGUUCCACCACAUGAUGUUGAUCUAUGCCUGGUUUCACCCUGUGAGUUUAAGCAUCACAAAUCUUUAGAGAACCAUCAAGAUCUAUCUCCUGAGAUUGUUGACUCAAGUUCUGGCUUUUCUCAGGAGCAGGUUACAUGUCGAUGCAAUAGUAAUGAUAACCAGCUAAUGGAGAGCGAAGAGACCUCAACGCCCUUGCUGAUUUUGAAUUCUGGUUGUGAUCUCCUAUCAGCAACUGGAGAGUGUCCUACCAUUAUUGAGGACUUGAACUCCGAUGAGCAGAUUGGUGACAUGUUUUCACCCCAGCAACCUCAUUCAUUACCCAAUGAUUCCACAAAUGCUUGUAAAGACCCCCCGCCAGCUCCUAAGAAAGAUUUACCACCAAUGCCGCCUCAGCCUGGUGUCUGUAUGGCUGGCCCAGAGGCUGAUGGUCAGAGCAAGUCUUCAAAGAAUGUAACAUCAAAAGCCAAGAAGCUACCUGCAUCAAAGACGGCAUCAGCAAAUCUUAUAACACUGAGUGGGAAGACAAAGACUGGUGCUCAAGCAUCCACCAGUGGAACUAUUAGGGCAACAUCCAUUCUGGACACCCGGCCUGCAUCCCGAAACCCCAUCAGUGGGUGUAGACCAGCCCCCUCAAAGUCCUCAUUCAGUUCUGUCAGUGCUAAAUCAAGUUCAGUACCAGUUUGUUUGGACCUGACAUAUUUGCCCUCUGGAUUGGGAGCUUCAACUGUUGAUGUGGAGUUUUUUCGGCGCCUGCACUCAUCCUGCUAUAUAAUUAGUGGAGAUGAGCCACACAAGGAAAAUGUAAUGCGAUCUAUUCUAGACUCUCUUUUAGAGGGAAAAGCAUCUUGGCCAGAUUUGCAGGUAACUCUGAUCCCUACGUUCGAAUCACUGGCUAUGCAUGACUGGUACCAGGAGACACACGAGAGACUGAGAGAUCUGGCAAUCACAGUACUGGGAAGUAACAGCACUGUGGCAAUGCAGGAUGAGACAUUCCCAGCAUGCAAAGUGGAAUUUUGAAGUCACCUUUAAGCAUUACACCCCCAUUUUUCACUAUAGAGCAACUCUGUUUACAUUUUUAAGAAUUUGCAGAGACAUCAUUUUAAAACACAGAAGACCUGAAUACUAAUUAACUAGAGCAGUAGGAAGAUUGUGUGAUAAUUUGUUUAAUUCGUUAAUGUCUAUUCACACUGCUUGUUAAAAUGUGAACGGGGGUAGAUAUUGUUGCCAGUACUUUUGUUUUACAUGUACCAAUGUUAUUGUGAGUAAUUCAUUGCAUUUUUGGAAUAUCAAGGUAUGUUAAUUAAAUUUACUGCAAACAAUUUAAGAUUUUUUUACGUUUCUGCAUGCAUAUGCAUUUCACAUAGUUUGUUGCACAUAACCAAAUAGAUAUGUCUAUAAAUGGAGAUGUGUAGCCAACCUUUAAUGAUCUUGAUUUAUGAUAUGCAUCACUACAUUUUCUCCUUUUUUUAAUUCACAUAACAAUAGUUUUAAAAUAAGUUUGCCUUUUAACAAGUUAGGCAAAGAACGUAAAGAAAAUGGUUUGUCUUUCCCCAAUUUUGCUAACAGUUUAUUGCAUUUUGUAACUGUAAAAAAAACACUUGGCUUAAAUCUUUGAUUAUGAAGGUUUUAUAAUGUAAACUGAGAUAUUAUUUUCACUGCAUCAGUCAAAUGCUAUAUGUAGGAAAAGGUGGUUUGACAAAGUCAAACCCAUCACAAAGAGAACUGCUUUAUUGCUCUACCAUCAACUAACAAACACUAAAGAAACAUAUCAUUAAGGACCCUUAUCAAAAUAGAUCAGUAUGAUCACCUUGUUUACCUGGUUUUGUCUUAAUGAAUGUUAUAUGCAGUUUAUUACUUAACCUACAAGUGUGUAUAUGUCAUAGAAAUUGUUUUAAUCCAGUCAUAUUAAAUAAAAAUAUUUUUUUAGAUUUGAUUUCAGGUGGACUUAACAUAACUGUCAGUAGAAAUGUUUGUGUGAUUAAGUUUUUUUUAGUUUUUUAUUUAUAAGCACCAAAAGUUGUUUACUUGGUUUGUUGUACAAUUAAUAAAUUAUAUGUUUUAGAAAUGUU